AUGUCUGGUAAAAAAGCAAAAACAAAUAAGGACACAGCUGCAGCAUUGCUAGAAGCCAUUCAGCAGGAAGGAAGGGAUAGCCUUGAAAAACUAGAGAUUCAAAAUUCAUCCACGCAGACGGAGCCGGAUGAGUCUGCCGGAGGAAUCGAUAGCAUCAACACGAAUCUGAACAAAUGCUUAUUGUUGUUGUCGCAUGUAAACACAAAGGUGGAUGCGUUGGCCGCUAUGCAAUGCCAGCAAGGGAAAACAACUUCCAGCGUAAAGCUGGCUAAAAUAAAUCUGCAGCCCGUGAAAAGUUUGGCAGAUCUUGAAAGCUUGGAGGACAGUUGCCGCGAUGAGGGUUUUGUGAAGACAACGGUUGCAUCAAUUGGAGGAAUCCAUGGCCAUCACCGUUAUACAGGGAAUGGAGCAACAGUGAGCCUUCAAAUUAUUGACUAUUUUUUUAGUCGUCAUUUCCUGCUCAAAUGUUCGUGGACGGGUACUAGUCGCACUUCCGGCAAAGGUGAGACUAAGAAACAAAAAAUCCCGUUUAUGAAAUUUGACAAAACGAUCAACUUGUUCUACCAAACUGUAGUGUAUUCCGAUCCAAACUAUACGCUUUCUGAUUGCAAAAUCUUUUUACAUCGCUGCUUGAAAAAUGCAAAGCAAAGAUUCACUGAAGUGACUGGAACAAGAAAAUCAGUUUCACGAAAGCGGAGGCGAUUGGAAAAUGCUGAAGGCAGAACUGAAGAUCAUCGUUGGGAAGAAAGAAAAGAGAAUGGCAGCAGCACGGAUGAGAUAGUUGACGAAGGACCACUGGAAGAAACUGCAGAAAGUGCGUCGUGGCAGAACGAAGUUUUGGAAAAUUAUGAGGAAUUUGCCAGCGAGAUGUUUAACCCUUAA